AUGCUGCCCAAGAUAGAAGCAAUGGUGGCGGAUGGCGCUUCUGAUGAACAGCUGGCCCUCAACUUCAUGUUUGGCGGAAACCAGCUUGUGCAGAGGCAAGUUGUUGUUGAGGGCAAGGCAAUGGCCAAGCUGCUUUGCGUGGUCGACAUCCGCAUGGCCCUGUCCGGGGCUUGGAUUUAUGAGACUGUGUCAAAGGUCUUGUUGGUGGCUGAUUGUUGCUGCCUGGUGUUGCAAGCAUGCCUGAGGACGUUGGCUGCCCUGGCCGAUGCGCAUGAUGAGCACAUGCUUAUUGUGCGGCUGGCUGAUGAGGAGAAUGUUGAUGGUGUCAUGCUUCAGGAGGAGCUCUUCCGGAAUUUGUUGGAGAAGCAGCCCCUUCAUGUUCAGAAGGAAGAUGGAAGGAUGAGGAACAUGGGAGGGCCGGAGCAAUGCAAUGGCAUGGUGCUCCGUGAAGUUCUGGCCCGCAUGCACAACUGGGUUGAACUUGUCAAAGAUGUCAUCAAAGCCGAGCUCCCACAUUUUGAAGCCUUUGCUAGUAUAUCUUCCCUCUUGCAGCUGAGCAACCCAUCUGAAAAAGAUGAUGAUUCUUCCUUCACAACAACAAGUCGUGACCUCAAGAAGCCAGCUGAAACCAUGUCAGCCCUUCUGAAUGUGAGCCCUGUUGCCUAG